CUGAGUGAGAUGAUCGAAACCUCCAUCAAGCCCCAUCAUGUUUGACUGAUCUCUCCCACAGGAUAACAACAACUGCUAUCUGCAGAUAUGUGCUGAUCUAUCUCCUGUUGCUCUUCAACUCCUGAAGCUUUGCCAACGAGGUCUAUUCAUUUCAUGGAAGAGGAGAGAUCUUUGUAGCCCCAGCGAAAACAUUGUUUCUUUUGAGCAGCCAUCUCAACGUUUGCCUGAUUCCAAGGAAAUAAAGAUUUUAGUUUUUUGUGUGUUGGUACAUGUGAGAGGUUGAAAGUGUUUCUCCAACGUGUCCUCCAGAAACUCAGACUGUUUUCCAAAGCAGACGAGUCUCAACCCUCUCCUACAGCAGAGAUGGGAAGUGUGAGAUCACACCGGUAUAGCAUAGUUUCCUCUGAGGAAGGCAGGGUAAAGCUGUCCCCCAUCGCCGCACAAAAUGGCUACGGGAAUGGAAAUGCGGGUGGCAAAGUGCACACACAUCAGCAAACACAAACCCGCUUCGUCACCAAGGAUGGACACUGCAACGUGCAGUUUAUCAACAUGAGUGAAAGAGGUCAACGCUACCUGGCUGACAUCUUCACAACGUGUGUUGACAUCCGCUGGCGUUGGAUGAUGGUCCUCUUCUGCCUCUCCUUUCUGCUAUCCUGGCUGCUUUUCGGACUUAUAUUCUGGUUCAUUGCACUUUCAUCCGGUAACUCAGACAAUCAAGAACAGAUAUGCAUUUCGAACGUUGACAGCUUCACAGCAGCUUUUCUGUUUUCUGUGGAGACGCAAACAACUAUUGGGUAUGGCUACCGAUAUGUAACAGAGGACUGCCCCUUUGCUGUCUUCAUGGUGGUUUUCCAGAGCAUCUUGGGAUGCAUCAUUGAUGCCUUCAUCAUUGGUGCGGUCAUGGCUAAGAUGGCCAAGCCUAAGAAAAGAAACGAAACUCUUGUGUUCAGUCACUAUGCCACAAUAGCCAUGAGGGAUGGUAAACUGUGUCUAAUGUGGAGGAUCGGGAACCUCCGGAAAAGCCACCUGGUGGAAGCUCACGUUCGCGCCCAGCUGCUCAAAUCCCGCACCACCGUUGAAGGUGAGUUCAUCCCGCUGGAUCAGAUAGACAUUGAUGUCGGAUUCGACACUGGCAUUGACCGCAUAUUUUUAGUAUCUCCCAUUACCAUCGUGCAUGAGAUUGAUGAGGACAGUCCUCUAUAUGAGAUGAGCAAACAGGAACUGGAAAGUUCAGAACUGGAGAUAGUGGUGAUUUUGGAGGGCAUGGUGGAAGCUACGGCCAUGACCACUCAGUGUCGCAGCUCUUAUGUGUCGAGCGAAAUCCUGUGGGGCCAUCGCUUUGAGCCGGUCCUUUUUGAGGAGAAAAACCAUUACAAGGUGGACUACUCAUGCUUCGAGAACACCUAUGAAGUUCCCAGCACGCCUCAAUGCAGCGCUCGAGAUUUGGCUGAAAAUAAGUACAUCAGGUCCGGCUCCAACUCCAACUCUUUUUGUUACGAGAAUGAAGUAGCCUUCAUGGAUAAAGAGGAAACGGAGGAUGAUGACGAUGAUGAUGAUGAAAAAGUCCAGAGGAAUAUCAGAAGGGACAGUGUGGCCUUGGAAGGAUCCAAUACUGAUGAUGUCAAAAGCACAGCUUCCAGUCAGGAUACUUUACCGAUACAACUCAAACUUUUAAGACAGCAGCCUGAGUUAUAACUGCUUUAAAAACGAUGCAUGGUACAGUAUAUGGUGUAUAUGGUGUACAGCAUAAGAAAUUCAGUUUUGCUGCUGUUUUGAGAGCAAUAUGCCAGUGGUUUGAAAGGAUCACAAGAUUGGGUUGCAGAUGUCUUGUAACUUUUACUUGCGCUUGUUGACAAACAUCAACUUUCAAAUCUACUUUGACAGCCUAUAUGCAAUCAAUUAUGAUAUAGACAAGAACAGCACACAUUGUAGAUAAUAUAAACUCUGCUUCAAACCGAGGGUAGAUUACACUACACAACUUUGCACAGAUUUUUGCCCGAUUUACAAUUUGGAUGGGGUUGAAGCUAGGUGUCCAAAGUCAGUAUGUAGAUCUUUAGGCAGUCAGAGAAGACAUUUUUCAAAGAAAAAUGCAUAGUGUAUGAUUGUCACAGACAGCCAUGUUUUUGUUUUUUUAAAAACUUUGAUUCCAUCCAGUCGGAGGACAUUAAACAUGUUUAAUAUUUUGAGUCGAUUUUAAAACAUACUGUAUUCACAUAGUACUGGUAGAGCUAGUUUUCUAUCCACCAUCUUAGAUGCUUUUUCCAUUAACAUAUAUUUGGCCAAAAUAGAGUUGGCUCCCUUAGGGUUGUAGCUUAAUAUUGCUACCUACAUACUUUGGAAACAGCCUUCACAGAAGCCAGUCUUUGAUAUUGUAUAUUUGUAGCUCAAAUAGGUUUUGGAGCAGAGCUAUAAUUUAACAAAUGCCAAAGAUUUUGCAGGACAGACAGUUUUGUCUGAUUGCACACAGGCUACUAGCAGCAUGUUCAGGAUAAUACCUUGCACAAAAGCCAUGAUGAAAUCAUGUCUUUAAAAGCAAAGGUGGUAUAAUGAAGAAUAGUGAAAAUGAGAAC